AAAGAGUUUGCUCCCAGCAUUGGUUACUGAAAUAGAAGAUGAAGAACCACAUGCAAUACUGCCGUCUCAUUUACUUCCUUUCCUAAAUAAUCUGGAACAGUUGAAGUUGCGGAGAUGUGAUUCUGUUGAAACAAUAUUUGGUGUGAAAGACGGAACAACACAGGAUUCAAACAUAACUGUUCCCUUGAAGGAAUUGAUUUUGGAGCAGCUUCCAACUCUCAGGCAUGUCUGGAACAGGGAUCCUAAAGGAAGUCUCAGUUUUCCAUUUCUAAACAAACUUAUUGUUGAGGGAUGUAAAAGCAUAAAGAGUUUGCUCCCAGGAUCAGUUACUGAAAGAGAAGAUGAAGAACCACAUGCAAUGCUGCCAUCUCAUUUACUUCCUUUCCUAAGUAAUCUGGAACAGUUGAAGUUACAGAGAUGCGAUUCUAUUGAGACAAUAUUUGGUGUGAAAGACAGAUCAACACAGGAUUCAAGCAUAAUUGUUCCCUUGAAGGAAUUGUUUUUGGAGCAGCUUCCAACUAUGAGGCACGUUUGGAGCGAUGAUCCUAAAGGAUGUUUCAGCUUUCCAAAUCUACAGGAAGUUACUGCCAAUGAAUGUAAAAGCAUAAAAAGUUUGUUCCCGGCAUCAGUUUCAGCAGGUAAUCUACAAAAGUUAGAAGUGAGAAGUUGUGUGGAGCUAGUAGAAAUUGUUCUGGCAAAUAAUGAAGCAACAAAGGAAGAAAACAAAGAGUUUACUAUGUUCACAAAGUUAACCUCUUUGACACUCUCUGAUUUGCCAAAGCUGAGGUGCAUUUGUUCCGAGAUGCAAAUGCUAGAUUCAUCGGAGAUGGAAGGCUGUGAAUCUUCAUUUAAUGCAUUACUACCAUCUCAUUUAAUUCCUUACUUAGGAAACUUGGAGGAGUUGGUUGUCAAGAAAUUUGAUUCCAUCGAGGCAAUAUUUGAUGUGAAAGAUACAUCAACACAUGAUUUAAACAUGAUUGUUAUUCCCUUGAAGAAAUUGAAUUUGGAGCAGCUUCCAACUCUGAAGCAUGUUUGGAACAAGGAUCCUAAAGGAUGUCUCAGCCUUAAAUUGGAAGAAGUUACUCUCAAUGAAUGUAAAAGCAUAAAAUGUUUGAUUCCAGCAUCAGUUGCCAAAGAUAAUCUACGAAAAUUGGAAGUGAAGAAUUGUGUGGAGUUAGUGGAAAUUGUUGCAGUAGAUGAAGCAGCUACAAAAGAAGCAAGUAUAGAUCUUGCAAUGUUCCCUAAGUUAACCUCGUUGGUGCUAUGUGAUUUGCCAAAACUUAGGUGCAUAUCUUCUGCAAUCAGUGCAAUGCAAAUUCUAGAGUGGCCACUGUUAGAAAAUUUAAAUGUUUAUCACUGUGAAAAUCUGAAGAUAUUUGCAGAAAACUUCCAAAACUCUCCAUGUUCUUAUCCAGAGGAUCAAGAUAUCAUAGCAAUAGAAAAUCAUGGUGUCCUUUCAACUGGAAAGGUUACCCCCCACUUGGUGAAACUGUCCUUGAGUAAGGAAGACGUCAUUAUGAUCGAGCAAGAACUACUUCAUGUGGACCUCCAAAAAAUAAAAACCCUCACUUUGCAGAGUUUUAAUGAUGAUUCAGAUACAUUUCCAAAUGAUUUCUUUACAAAGGUGCCACUACCAAAUAUAAAAAAGCUACGCCUGAUAGAGAGUGCUUUUGAAGCGUUAUUCCACUCGCAAAGGCCUGAGCUAGAACAACAUACCAAAAUCCUUUCACAGCUUAAAAAAUUGGAGCUUAAAAAUCUAUACAAGCUCAAAUCCAUAGGGUUGGAGCACAGUUGGGUGGCCCCACUUCUUGAAAAUCUCAAGGUCUUGAAAGUCUUGGAAUGCAGUUGUUUGACAAACUUAGCACCAUCUACCGUACAAUCUUUCUCCCAUCUGACUGAACUGCAUGUAGAGGGUUGUGCAAGAUUGGAAUAUUUGUUCACAUCCUUAACUGCCAAAGGUUUGGUUGCGUUGGACGAGAUAUCUGUUUCCAACUGUGAAUCAUUGAAAACCAUAGUGGCGCAUGAAGAGAGUGAUAAAUCAGAUGACCAUCUGACAUUUCCGGAACUCUGGAACCUGUCUCUCAGCAAGUUACCAAGACUUGGAAGCUUCUACACAGGGAACUCAACUUUAAAGUUCCGGUGGUUGAUGAAUGUUACGAUCACCGAGUGCAAGUGCAUGGAAACUUUCUCUCACGGUAAUCUGGUAGCACACAAGCUACGAACUGUGGAUAUAGAUGAAGAGCAUUGGUCCAAAGUUGAUCUGAAUACUUUGAUCCAGCAACAGUUUGAGAAAGGAAAGGAAGCAACCUUAAGUUAGCACAAUCAAAAUCUCACCCACACGACUUAUACGUUGUAUGGGACUCCAAAUGCAGCAAGAACAAAAGUGGAUCACAUCAUGACAACAACUGUUCAAAUAAUAAAGUGGUUGUUUCUUUAUUGUUGAAAUGUGGUGUGCAUGAAAAAAGUUCCCUGUAAUCUUACAGAGAAGAAGUGUGAAUGGCUUUUAAGUGACAUGAAAGUAUUAUUAUUUUGUAUUUUCGUACAUGAUGUGAGGUGUGUGUAUUAUUUUGAAGUUAUUGAAACUGUACUUGUAGAAAAUAAAAGUGACCUCAAAUUUUAGAGGAGUAUGGUUUGUGUAGAAGUUGUGAGAGAUUGUUCUAAGAACAGAGUUGACAAUGGCAUAUAUGUUUAAACUUCGAUAAAGAUGAUUUGUAUGUUUAGAGAAGAGAUAAGACAUAUGUAGUUGUUUCUUUGCUUAGGCUCCCCUAUCAUGCUUCCGAGGUUUGCAUUAUGGUUUUGA